GAGUGCACCAAUAAAACAAUUUUGAAAGCGUUUUUUGUCUCUCCUGAUCUAUAUUUUGGUAAAAGAUUUGAUGUUUUUGGAAAGUUCUGAGUAAUUUUUGCUCGUAUGUACAGGUAUAAUUUAUGGAAGGCUCUGUCAGCGAUUUGAUGAGUUAGUAGAUCGCUUGGUUGUAAAUUUUGAGGCUCAAACCUAGAGUCGGAUUCAAUUUUAUUCGGAUUUUGCGAGCGCAAAUAUCAGGUGUCACGCAUUGUUUAACGCUCGCGAUUGCGUGACUAAUUGGUAGUAUGCUUUCAUUACGUCAAGCAUACGUCACUAAAUAUUUAUCUCCAACCGAACUAAUUGGUAACGAACAUUCGUGACGUAACUUUUGCGUCACUAAUUUCUCAUUGAAUUAACCUAAUGACCAACGGUUAACUAGUUAAUUGGUUGUUAUGUUUAUGACGUGUACCCCCUGGUUAAGUCAUUUGCUGCAAGUCCGCGAGCCGUUCAGACGUACUUUUUGCGCUCCGUGAAAAAAUUCGCUAGGACAGUUCAAAGAUGGCCAAAGCUAAAACCCGACGAGUUGUUAAGAAAUCAGCCUUAGCCAAGAAGAAGAAGGCAGUCAAGAGGCCCCCUCUUACAAGCGCAAAGGUGUUGGCUGCCAUCGCCGCCUUGAAAGACCGCAAUGGUUCAAGUGCGAAAGCUAUCAUGGCCUACCUCCUCACGCAACGUGGUUCAAAGAGAGUUACACCUUUUCAAGUACGAAUUGCGUUGGCGCGCGCUGUCAAAGAAAAAUCACUGGUGAAGAAUGGAGCUUUGUUUAAAGUUGUUCUUACUUCCAGCAAGUCACGGUCGCGUUCCAAAUCUCGUUCGAAAUCUCGUUCGAAGUCCCGCUCUAGAUCUCGUUCUCGCUCAAGGUCAACCUCGAAGACUAGAUCCCGAUCUCGUUCUCGAUCAAAGUCGAAGAGUCCGGGCAGAAAAUCGGUGAAGAAAGUCACCAAGAAGGCUAAGAAGGCGAAAAAGGCUAAGAAAGUGAUCCGAAAGCGCAAGGCCCCGGCCAAAAGGCGCGUCGCAAAGAGGAGAUACUACAAAGGAACCAAAAAGACGACCAAGGUUCGCAGGAGGCGACGAUCCGCCCGCAAGUGAACUUACUGAUAGUAUAACAAAACUGCGAUGUCUUUUCGUCUCCCUUCUUAAAACACUCAAAGACUUUGUCUCUACAAUCUCUCAUGAGAGCAAACGCCUAAACGCUGAAGAACUGUUAGUAAGCGAAGUUGACAGGAUCCUCGGUUUUAUCAUCAUAAUUUUUUUUUGUUUUAAAAGGAUUGUACACACAAGAAAACUUUGAUUAAACAGUGAAGGCGAAGACUUGUUGGUGUGUGAUUUUCUAUAAAUAUGGGGGAAGAAAAAGCGAUGAGUUUACAAGUAGAAAAGUCGGCAACUAACUUUUCCCUAACGCAGAAGCGACAACAAUCAGUUAAUUUCCAAAAUUUUUAAUUAGGAGGCACUUAUGUUAUUAUGCCUGGGUGGUGUACUUUUAGGUCGGCGCGCGCGUGGCCUUUUUUCGCGCGCACCUUGAUUUUGUGCGCGUUUGGAGCUAUCUGCCAAAACUUUGCUAUAGACAGAAUUUUUAAGAAUUUUUUGUCGUGUCUUUGUUGUAAAUUAAAAGCGCAAGGUUGCGCGCGCGAUACUUAAGCGGCAUUCAACGCUUAACAAAUGCUGCCUGAGGCGUCUUCAUUGACGGACUUUUUCCUAACUUUUCGUGGAAAAUUUUUACGGAAUCAAACGAUUUGGAUCGAUUUCUAUUUCCAAGAAGCUUAAUUUUUGUGUGUUUCAGGCGACAGUUUUACUUUUUAAGUUUCUGGUAAAUCAGUGUCAAUACUGCACGUGCGAUUAACAAGCGCGUGGCUUGCAAUGUUGUCACAGUCUCUUUUACGAUUGGCCAAAGAUCGACGGCGAGGCUUUGGAGAGAUGUAAAAAAAAAUCAAUCAAUCAAUAAAAUCUGUAGUGGAAAUGAAUAAGUUCAAAGCCUGCACAUAUACGUGCUUUUACAAAGUCAUACUAUUUUACUGGUCUCAUUCGUUUGUCUUGUUUUCCUAAAGCAAGAUAUAA